UCACACGGUUCGGGGAAGGACAUGGAAAUAGCAGCUACUUAGCUCUGCUCAUCACAACAAGGGCCACAACAUAUCGGGAACCAUUCAGAGAGUCGUGGUGUGUGUGUGUGUGUGGGGGGGAAGGAGAAGCUUAUUGCUGCUUGCUUAACUAAAGAUAGCGCAUCAUAUAGGCCAUCUGAAGGGAGAGAACGAGACUGUUUUCAUAGGACGGCUGUUUUCAAGACCCACAGCCCAUAAGCGCCGAGUGAACAGUCCACGGAGGAAACAGACAGUGAGUUGCGUUGCUGAAUUUCAUGCAUCUUGGGGAACUUUCAGUAACUUUUAAUCGCGGGGAUAUUGCAGUUUUUUUUUGUACUUUGCGUUAUAAAGACAAUCUAUGCGGCGAAUGUAUGGAGUUUUACGCGUUCGUAAUGUUGUUUUGAACAAUUGUUUUGAACAACCCGUCCCAGAGUGAUACUUCAAGGAGUGUAAGACAAAGUUCUAUUUAUCCUGUUUGUCCGAGAAAAACUGGAAGAACUGUAGUCUGACGCGCCAUUCAGCAUAGUAUUUUGACAGAAAGUCCAACAGAAUGCCUCGUCCGGGGAGAAACACGUAUAGCGACCAGAAACCUCCCUAUUCCUACAUCUCCCUGACCGCCAUGGCUAUCCAGUCCUGCCCGGAGAAGAUGCUCCCGCUCAGCGAGAUCUACAAGUUCAUCAUGGACAGGUUCCCUUACUACCGAGAGAACACCCAGCGGUGGCAGAACUCCUUACGACACAACCUCUCUUUCAACGACUGUUUUAUUAAAAUCCCCAGGCGGCCGGACCAGCCGGGUAAAGGGAGUUUCUGGGCUCUCCAUCCCAGCUGCGGGGACAUGUUCGAGAACGGAAGUUUCUUGCGGCGUCGUAAACGCUUCAAGUUGAUGAUGAUGGCGUCCGAGCAUCUGGCGCAAAGCAAACAGUCGGACGCUGCCCACUAUCUCCAACAACAAGCCAAACUCCGACUGAGCGCUCUGGCUGCUUCCGGCACACAUCUCCCGCAAAUGUCCGGUUACAACAUAGGAGUCUCUCACCAACCGUCAACUUUCAAACACCCGUUCGCAAUCGAGAACAUAAUCGCCAGAGAGUAUAAAAUGCCAGGCGGACUGGCCUUCUCCACCAUGCAGUCUAUGUCUGCUGGCUACCCGCUGCACAACCAGCUCACCACGGCCUGGCCUCAUAUGUACAGCUCCAGCGUCAUGGACACGGUAGCUCCCAUCUCCAUGGCCAGUGAUUAUUCGGCCUACGGAAUGCCCCUCAAGUCUAUUUGCUAUGGCGCGCAGAGUCUACCUGCCAUCCCCGUGCCAAUCAAGCCCACCCCUACUUCGAUGCCAGGGCUCUCGGCUCUGCCAACACAUAUUCCAGCUUUCUUAGCGAACUCUCCCCAGUCUCUCAGCCCCACGUCUCCUCAGACAGCUACCAGCCAAAGCAGCCCUGCCACGCCGAGCGAAACGCUCAUAAACCCGGCCUCUUCGGCCAUGCAGUCCGUGGUGUCGGUGCACUGACAUGACGUUAGCGGAUGGGACUUUAUUAAAAACUUCUGAAAAAGAAAAGAGAUGCUUAUCAACUUUUCCAAAGCGCUAUUUUAUUGUUUGAUCAAUUCAUGACCAACCAACUAAAAUAUGCUCUAACAAUCAUGAGGCAAGAUAUUUGCGUUUUGUGGUUUAUCGAUGUACUUAGAUGUUUGACUUGAGACUUGUUGUGGCAGUGACCUUUGUCUUUCUAUGACGCGCAUAUAGGCUACAUCGUUUUGUUACCUGUUUAGGGUCAUUUAAGAAUAAUCCAAUUCUGAGAUUAUUUUCAAAAAGCACUAUCGUUAUCCGUAUCUAUAUUCUUGCUUACAUUUUAUUGCCAAGUCUCCGAUACAUAUUCCAAUUCAAUUAAACUAAACCUGGUCAAAACAAUUCGUUAUUACAUUAGAAAAUGUUGUCCGAAUAUUCGUUUUGUUGUUGUUGCAUUUUCGUCAAGAUAAAAAGGUCAAGAAAAAUAAAUUAAUUAAAUCAUCUUUUUUGUCAAUUAAAUUUAACGUGACUUUUUAGUUUACAGCUCCCUUUAAUGCGCAUUGCAUUUGCUAUACCAAACAGCCAAAUUUAGUUUUUAGGAGAAUAAAAAAAUAAAGAAAGAGAACAAUCACAGAGGUGACAUUUUCAAAAUAACAAAACUUGAAAACAGAUAUUUAUGGUUUACUUUGGUGUCUGGUUGUCUGCAUUCAAAACAUUCAAAUAUAUUUGAAUUGAUGGAAGAAUAAGUUGAAAUGUGUAAACUGCACUUUUUUUUGUUAAAUGUUUUAGAUUAUCUGUAGUUGUUCUGUGGACCAUUUUAAUUUAAAACAAAAAAAUAAAUAAACUGUGGUGACCGGAUGUAUAAAAAAAAAAGCAGUAUAUUUGUACGUUCUCUAAAACGCAUGCUAUUUCAAAACGUUGUGUUGUAUUUGCUGCGAGCAUGCGUGCUUCUCCAAGUGUGCCAUGUGUCUGCAAUAAAUUA